GCGAUUACAGCAGUGAACGCCUCGCUGUCAGUGCGGUGCCUGGGGCAUUUUUUGAGAAGAGCGAUUUCUUGCACUGCUACCCCCUUCGAGCGCUGUGAGCUGGCCGUUUCUACGGGCUCACUUCUCUUGCAUUGUCUCCAUGGAUCUAGCUGAGAACCUCGCACCUUGCACGUACAACCAAGGCGGAACGUGCUUCAUCUUUGACCAACUGAACGACAUCAAUGGCCUACUGCGACAGGUCAAGCUAGAGCUUCGUGAGACAUCCCCAGGAACUCUGUCACUGACUCAGGCACCCCAUCUGCGCCUGGGCCACGGCAUGAUGAGCGGUCAGAAUGCCGGGGCAUGGCACCUGCUCGAUGCGGUUUUGCAGCAGCACCUCUGCGUCAUCUCUAUCUGCAUUGACGAACGCAAGGAACCCACCGGUAUCCCCAUCGACAUAAUUAUCCGAAAGGUACCUUCACUCGUCAUGCUCCGUUUACGUGCUAUGGUUGCGGGCUACCAAGGGCUCAUUAGUCUAGCGGGGGCUUUGACUUCGGGUCACCGCCUUCAGAAUUUGCGGUUGGAGGCUAUGUUCUUGAACGCUGACUGUGUGUCACUUCUGUGCAGCUAUUUCUCUACAACAGCGAUGUUAGAAACUCUCUCGCUAGCUCAUACCCACAUAGAUCCCAGUGUCGCAGACAAUCUGUUCAAUGCACUGGAGAAGAAUUCGACAAUCCGCACGCUGCUGCUGAGCACAUGCCUCUGCUACCUGGGUGAUUACAUGGGCCACGGUACUCAGUUGGCUGCCUGCCUGGUCGGUAAUAAGAGCUUACGGACGCUGAUCCUAGACCGCUGCUGCUUCGACUGCGUGCCGGGAUUGCAGGUCAUUAUGGACACGCUCAGGUGUGCCCGGCAGCUUGUGACUCUUUACCUAAUCGGAUUCAACACCACCAAGGUUUUCGCCGAGGUAAUGCCACUAAUCAUAAUUAAUAAUCAAGCUCUGCGCAAUUUGAAGGUCGUGCACUCCGAUGCUGGGGGGGAAUUGUGUCAAUGUUACCUGAACUACAAAUGUGUUUCCUGUGAGGUGGACUACAUAGAAAACGAUGCUGGAAACGUCAAUGCCCUUACACGUGCGAUUCCUCACAAUCAACAGCUCCAGCUACUGACCGUCGACCUUUCCAAAUCAUCCACAGUGGAGUGCCGGAACUUCUUCGAGGCAGUUCGUCGAAACAACACCCUGCGCAAGGUAACCGUCGUUGGCCUGCGUAAUGAAGAUGCACCGGGUAUAUGCCAAAUGAUACGAGAAUGCGGCAUAGCGGACAGAGUACUUUUCCAAUGCCAGCUGAACGUCCAGGAGCCUGUCGAGGCGGUGAUAAAAUGUCGAAAACUGUCAUCCAUCAGCAUAAACGCCGUUCUUCCGGAAUACUCGGAGCUCCUCAGCAAGUCACUGACGCUGUUGCCAUUUUGGAGCCACACGACGGAGCUUUCUCUGAGUCUCUCAUCUGAUGGCUUAGUCAAAGGACACAGGCUCUUCCUGCGUUACUUAGAGCAAGCGACGAAGCUCAGGAGUCUAAAACUACGGAUCAAUGAACCAGUCACAAUUGUGAGCGUUCGGCAACACGUGCGAACAGCAUUACUUGGCAGCUUAAGUAUCCGUAAACUGCACAUAGACAGGGGACUCGUCGCCAACCUGCAAGACGCACGGCUAUUGGCUGGCGAACUCUCUGCUAAUAAGAGACUGCAUGAAUUCGCACUAUUUUGUGACAGCGAGUUGUCACUCAUCGAUGAGUUUUUGCGCAUCCUGGCUUACUCUCUGGAAGCGAACAACACUCUCUGUUGGAUACACCACACGGAAGUAUUCUAUACGCCACACUAUAACGCCGUGCAGAACCUGCUACGUCGGAACCGUGCCAUGUCAAUGUGUGCUGCGCAUUUUGUAGUAGGGACCAAACAGAACCAGCGCUGCGCCGAAGCCUUCCAGCGUGUCUGCAAUACACCAGGCCUCCUUGCUUAUGUAAUGGAGACUGCGUCGAUAGGAGAGUUUCAGGCAGCCUUCGCCAUACGGGCAGCGCUGUCCAAGAACGGCGAAGAAGACAAAUCUUUUUAACUGAACGUUGUAUAGAACUAGCAAAUAGCUGAAAUAUGUUAGGCGUUGUUCAAGCUGUGACAGAUAUUUUUCUUAUUAUUCUUACACUGUUUGAUGAUGACGAUGACAUAUGGGUUUUGAUGGCUAAAGGGCCAGGCUUGGCCAAAUAGCGCCAAGAAGUCUUCUUUAUUUUAAUGGAACAUUAAAAUAUUUGGGGUAGAUGAAAUAUGACUGUAUAGUUGCCUAAAACCAAUCGCAAAGCAGUGCGUAAAAAUACUUAUAUCUAAUAAAAUUAUGGCAACGAUUGAUGGAGUAUGCUAUGAUGAGAAGUAUUGUUUCUGAAGGAGUGAUGGACUAAAAACAGGUAUGUAAGAGUGGAACUCGGAACAUAUUAGCCUCAAGAACGAGACAUUACUACGAGGUUCUGGGACCGAUAAAUCGCAAGGAACAGGUAUCAUUGAGAAAACUUAGCAGAGACUGUUUAAAAGAGG